GAAACAUGGCUGACGACGAGUAUGAGCCGGAUUUUGAUGAUAACGAUUUCGUCGGCGACGAUAUCGACGGUGAAGAUAUUGACGAUGCAGUGGACGAUGCAGAUGCUGGAGAAGGAAAUAUUGAUGUAAGCCAGAAAACUACAAAGAGAAUAACUACACCCUACCUGACAAAAUACGAACGUGCUCGGGUUCUAGGGACGCGCGCACUUCAGAUCUCAAUGUGCGCCCCGGUCAUGGUUGAGUUAGAGGGAGAAACGGAUCCUCUUCAGAUUGCCUUGAAAGAGCUGAAGCAGAGGAAGAUACCAAUCAUCAUUAGACGGUAUAUGCCUGACGGAUCACAUGAAGACUGGGGAAUCGACGAACUAAUUGUUAUCGAUUAACUCAAAAUUGUGGAUUUAUUAAAUAUCCGGAAAUGAUCGAUGACAAGGCAUCAUAUUAUCAACCCACUGGCGAUAUUUUUUUUUGGUCAAAUUAAGAAAAUUUUGAUUAAUUUAACCCAAGUUAUAGAUUUCUUCACCUCAAAUAAUCGACCUAAUUUUCUCAAAUCAUUAUUUUCUACCUUAUCUCCAUAUUUUUUUUAUCGUUCAUAACAACUAUUUUCUCGAAUCACAUUUAUUUAAUUUUCAGA